AUGGUUGAUCUUAACAAUAACGACAUAAUGGCACUUCACCGGAACUGUCCUUGGUUGUUGCUUUCUGAUUUUCCCAAGAGUGAUGGACCUGUCUUUGCUGAAUCCCUCUUAAGAAAUCUGAGGGAGUUUUUGGAGGAUAAUCCUACUACUGAAACAUUGUUGAAAGAUCAAGCUCAAGUGUUGCUACAGGAAUUACAGAUCUUGCAAUCAUUUAUGAAAGAUGUGAAGCUGAAAAAUAUUAAUCAGAGUGAUGAAAAUCUUGGAGGAUCCCGCAUUUUAUGCCUAAUAUUUGAGGUAGAGUACAUCAUCACUAAACUCUUUGAAGAUGAGUGUGUCCCAAGUUGGUACAAACAGCUUAUGCUUUUUGAUGCCGUAUGCAAGGCCAAGCUUAUCAAGUCUGAGAUUCAGGAAUAUCAUCGCCAUCACAAUGAGGCGAAGCCUCAUGGAACCAAUCUAAAUGAUGUAGGACAGACUUUGGGAGCAUCAGAUAACUCAAGAACUGAUGAAGUCGUAGUGGGUUUUGAGGAUAGGGCAAAAGACAUAGAAGUCCAACUCAAAGUUGGAUUACCUAAGCGGCAGAUUCUCACAAUUGUUAGAAUGGGAGGAGUUGGAAAGACUACUUUGGCGAAGAAAGUUUAUAACAGCCUCUCAAUUCCACGUCACUUUAGUGGUCGUUCUUGGUGUACAAUUUCCCAAGUGUAUCAAAGAAGAGAAUUGCUACUUGAGAUAUUGGGAUGUAUUGCAGAGGUUCCUAAGAACAUAGGAAGGAGUGAUGAUGACAUCGCUAAUAUUCUACGGCGAAGUUUAAAAGGAAGAAGAUACUUGGUUGUCUUGGAUGACAUGUGGAGCACAAAGGCUUGGGAAGACUUGCAGAUUUCAUUACCCGAUGAUGGAAAAGGGAGUAGGAUUUUAAUCACAAGCCGUAAUUCUGAGGUGGCUUUGGAAAGGCAACCUUAUCUUCUUCCUUUUCUAACAGUUGAAGAAAACUGGAAUUUAUUCCAAGAGAAAUUAUUUCACGGAGGAAGCUGUCCCGAAGAAUUGUUGGAAGCUGGAAGGCUUAUGAGAAGGUGUUUAGAAGAAACAGCGGAGGAGUACUUGGUGGAACUUAUUGGUCGAAACUUAGUGAUGGAAACCCAGAGUAGAUCCAGGGGAGGUUCCUCAUCUUCUUACCUAGAAUCUUCAUCAUAUCGGCUGUAUGGUAGUACUGUUGAGUGGCCAAAUUCAAAAUUUCUUCGAGUGUUGGAUGCAGAACACUUGCGGUUGAGAAACAUUAAUUUCGAGAAAUUUGAGUUGAUGCGUUGCAUAAAAUAUCUAGCACUUUGGGGAGAAUUUUAUUCUGUGCCUUCAUCAAUAGUUCAGCUCUUCAACCUUGAGACUCUUAUUCUGAAGCAAGACACAGUGGAAACUUUUUUGAGGAGGUUGAUUGGAAUCAAGAAAUUGAAAUGUCAACUUAAAAGUGAUGGGCAUAUUGAUCCUGAGGAAAGCCAUUUGUUCUCUGCAAUGGGCAAUCUGCAUCAGCUUGAAUCACUGCAUCUAUCUUGCUAUUCCAUUGCCCAUAUGAUUCAUUUUCCAAGCCAGCUCAGGUUCCCCAUAAAUCUCAAGAAAUUGACUUUAAGGAGAUUUCGCCUGCCCUUGAAAUCUGUUUCCGCCAUCGGACAACAACUACGCAAUCUUGAAGUUCUGAAAAUAAUAAUCUGGAAUGCUUCAAGCGAUUCCUUUCCUCAGCUUGAGCGACUAGUUUUGCAAGCAUGUCGUAAACUUGAAGAGAUUCCUAUUGAUUUUGGGGACAUCUCCACAUUACAGAAGAUCGAGGUCAAAAAUUGCAGGGAAUGGAGAAAGACCAAAAUGAUAAGGGUUGAAGCUAGUAUAUAUCACCCUCACAUGUUUGAUGUUUUGUCUGAUCCAUUAAGUUUGACAUGGUUUGUAGACACACACUUGAAGCUGCUUAGGGUAUUUGCGUGUUAUACUGGGAAAUGGAGUGAUGAGGAUAAAGAUAAGUAUUUGGUAUCUCUACCAACUGAUCAUCGGGAGCUGGUAGCUCAGAUUAACAGCAACAAUUUCUGUGAUUAUGUUGCUCGUUUCGUGUUUCCCAAAGCAAGUGUUGGUUUUGAGAAUGAGCCAAAGCUUCGUUUUAAGGAUAGUUAUGUUUCUCUUAAAUUCCAAGCAGAUAUUGCAACAACUCUCAAGUAUUUACUGAGGUCGACCCACCCUCCCAUUGGCGAUGUUCUUGUAUUUUCUCAAUUUGCGGCCUCUGUCCAUGACUAUGUUGCCAGUCUUUGGUUGGAAUUUCAGGAGUACGUUGAAUGCGGCAUGCUAACAUAUUCUUUCAUUUACUCUGAAGUGGAAGGAAACUACAAGGCCGUGGCACGAGAGUUGGGAUACUUAAAAUCUUCCAUUUCCACUUUACCGGACAAGGAGAAGUUCCAAGACCUUUUGUCACGUGCUGGAGCUGUUUUCCUAAGGGCUGCAAUUGUGGCAUGCGAUAAUCAAUUCAUUGAUCGAGAUGCCUGGCUUUUUGCAACCGAUAUGGCUUUGCAUUCAAGAAAAUUGAUUUCAGUUGUUAGGAAUGAUGGACAUCAAAACCACCAUGAGGAGGUGCAUGAUCAAGCUCAAGUGUUGCUACAGGAAUUACAGUAUUUGCAAUCCUUUAUCAAAGAUGUGAGGAAGAGAAGAAUCGAUGAGAGUGAAGAUCUUGAAGUAGCACGCAUGAUAUGCCUGAUAUACGAGGCAGAGUACAUCAUCAUUAACCUCUUUGAAGAUGCAGGUGUCCCAGUAUGGUACAAACACCUAGUUCUUUUAAAUGCCAUUUCCGAGGCCAAGCUUAUCAGGUCCGAGAUUCAAAAAUAUCAUCAUCGUCACAAGGAGAAGAGAGAUCGUGGGAACAUCCACAAUGUUGCACGACAUACCUUGGAAGGAGUCAAUGACUCAAGAACAAACCAGGUGAUUGUCGGUUUUGAGGAUCGGGCAAGAGACAUAAUAGAUCAACUCACAACUGGAUCAUCAAGGCGACAGAUUGUCUCAAUUGUUGGAAUGGGGGGAAUCGGGAAGACAACAUUGGCCAUGAAAGUUUAUAAUAACCUCUCAAUUCAACAUCACUUCAGGGAUCGAGCUUGGUGUACCGUUUCCCAAGUAUAUAACAAAAGAGAGUUGCUGCUUGAGGUGUUGGGUUGUAUUGCGGAGAUUACGGAGCAGAUCAAGAAGAUGGGUGAUGAUGACAUUGCUAAUAAACUACGACAAAGUUUAAAGGGAAAAAGAUAUUUGGUUGUUAUGGAUGACAUGUGGAGCAUUGAGGCUUGGACUGACUUGCAGAUGUCAUUUCCAGAUGAUGCAAAGGGCAGUAGGAUUUUAUUCACAAGCCGUAAUUCUGAAAUGGCUUUGGAAAGGCAACCUUAUCAUCUUCCUUUACUCAAUGCAGAAGAAAGUUUGAAUUUGUUUAACGAGAAGUUAUUUCAUGGAGGCAUCUGUCCCAAAGAACUGUUAGGAGUUGGAAGGUUUAUUGUAGAAAAUUGCCAGGGACUACCUCUUGCCAUUGUAAUCAUGGCUGGGAUUUUGGAGAAGGUCAAGAAGAGGAAAGAUUGUUGGGCAGAAAUUGCAGAACAUCUAAUGUCACAUAUAGCCCAUGAUGGUGGGGAUACGCGGUUCGUGGAUAUCCUGGAGUUCAGUUAUAAUCAUUUACCAACACAUCUUAAACCAUGCUUCCUUUACCUGGGAAUGUUUCGGGAGGAUCAAUAUAUUCCUGUUCAGAAGUUGAAAUUGAUGUGGAUUGCAGAAGGCUUUGUACCAAAAAAGGAUUCCAAGAGUUUAGAAGAAACAGCUGAGGAGUACUUGGUGGAACUAAUUGCUCGAAACUUAGUGAUGGAAGCCCAGAAAAGAUCCAGGGGAGGUGCCAAAACAUGUCACAUGCAUGAUAUGGUGCAUUAUCUCUGCUUGGAGAAAUCUAGAGAAGAGAAUUUUAUGCAGCUUAUCACUACAAGGACAGAUGGUGGUGCCGAUUUAGGUGACUCAUGCUCUUCCAUCGUAUCUUCAUCAUAUCGGACAUGUUUCCAACUAACUUUGGAGCAGCUCCGGGCUCAACAUCAGUCUCUUGAUCCACAUGUUCGUUCUUUACUGUUCUUUCCCACUAUUAGUAAUCAAGAUAAAUUUGUAAGUAGGCCUCUUCAGUUGCAAGAUGCAAAAUUUCUGAGAUUGCUAGAUAUGGUAUACGUUCAAAUCGUACCACUUUCUCUUGAAGAGUUUAUCUGGAUGCGUUGCUUAAAGUACCUAGCAGUUUCGGGAGAUUUUUCUUCUGUGCCUUCAUCAAUAGUCCAACUUGUCGACCUCGAAACUCUUAUUCUGAAGGGAAAUGCAAAGACAAUUGAUGUGUCGACUAAACUUUGGAGCAUGGGCAAAUUGAGGCACGUUCAAGUAACUUUCAUUAGUCAUUCCAGUUUGCCAGGCCCUGAAAUCGAAUGUCAAGGAAAUAUUGUUUCUCUUUCCUGGUUGACUUUUGGCCGAUCAACUUCGAGCCGAGGGGAAACUUUUUUGAGGAGGUUCACUGGAAUUAAAAAAUUGAAAUGUCAAUUUCAAAGAGAAAGAGGUUCUGAUCCUGAGGAAGGCUAUCCGAUCCCUGCAAUGGACGCUCUAUAUCAGCUUGAGUCAUUACAUCUAUUUCGUUCUCCUGUUUCCUGGCGCCGUUCUACCGUUUCUUUUCCAGGAAAGUUCAGAUUCCCUGCAAAUCUUAAGAAACUGACUUUGAGCAGUUUUGACCUGUCCUCGAGAUGUAUUUCUACCAUUGGACAACAACUGAGCAAUCUGGAGGUUUUGAAAUUAAGAAAAUGUUACUGGAUGGAUUCAGUGUGGAGCGUCGCCGAAGGAGAGUUUCUGAAUCUGAAAUAUUUGCAGAUAUACGAUUUUGAUAUUGUAAUUUGGAAUGCUUCAGCUGAUUCCUUUCCUCUGCUUGAGCGACUAGUUUUGCUACAUUGUUAUCAUCUUCAAGAGAUUCCUAGCAGUUUUGGGGAGGUCCCUACAUUACAGGUUUCGCAAUUGGUAGCGAUUGAGAAUGCAUAUUUUUCAAGUGUCUGUCUGAUACUGGAGAAAAUGUUGUCGAGGCUGCUGCGCCUUAACUACUUUGGUGUGAUUUGCCAAAAACAGACUCCAAGGAGCUCGCUGCAAGAAUUUAUGAACUUGGUCCCAUUAAUUUAUUGCUGCUCCAAAUUCCCUGGUCCAUCAGCAGCAGCAGCAAAGUCUCAUACCAAUCUAUUGAAGCUAAAUAUAUGGUUUGCUGACUCUGUCCGGGACUAUCUUGUCAGCCUUCGCUUGGAGCUAGAGGAGCAUAAUAAGUUGAGUUAUUUUCACGGGAUUGAUGAACAGAAGCGGGAUUAUGGAAAACGGAUGGCCCUAUGCCCACCUUCAAGAAGACCUCUUACUACUUCUAUGAUCACAUUUGAAGAUCUGGUAGAGUCCUAUGCCAAUCUUUACCAAAUGUUCUCCCGAGACAAAUCAAUAACAACAAAGCCAGCUCGAAGUUCCUUGAAAGAUAUUGCCUUGAAAUUCUUCAGAAGAGAACUACAGGUUCUGCAUUCAUUUAUCAAAAAGAUAAAGCAGAAAAAUGAAUACAUCAUCACUAACCUCUUUGAAGAUGGAUAUUUCCCUACUUCGGAAAGAUCAAACAACCAAGGACCUGAUGAAGUCAUAGUCGGUUUUGAGGACCAGGCAAAAUACAUAGAAGACCAACUCAAAGCUAGCUCACCAGAGCGACAGAUUAUCUCCAUUGUUGGAAUGGGGGGAAGUGGAAAGACGACAUUGGCGAAGAAAGUUUAUAACAGCCUCUCAAUUCAACGUCACUUCUGGGUUCGAGCUUGGUGUACAGUUUCCCAAGUGUACCGAAAAAGAGAGUUGCUGCUUGAGAUAUUGGAAUGUGUUGUAGAGAUCACUGAGGAGAUCAAGAGAAAGGAUGACGAUGAUGUUGCUGAUACUUUGAGAAAAAAGUUGAAAGGAAAAAGAUAUUUGGUCGUAAUUGAUGACAUUUGGAGCAAGGAUGCUUGGAAUGACUUGCGGCUCUCACUACCAAACGAUGCAAAAGGGAGUAGGAUUUUAUUCACUAGCCGUAAUUUUGAGGUGGCUUUGGAAAGGGAACUUUAUCGCCUUCCUUUACUCACUGUUGAAGAAAGCUGGCUUUUAUUCGAAGAGAAACUGUUUCACGGAGGAAAGUGUCCCAAAGAACUGUUGGAAGUUGGAAGGCUUAUUGUAGAAAACUGCAAGGGGUUACCUCUGGCAAUCAUAGUCAUGGCUGGUCUCUUGGAGAAAGUAGAGAAGAGAAAGGAUCGAUGGGAAGAAAUUGGGCGCACUUCAAUGUCUCGUACAGCCCGUGAUGAUGGAGACAAUCAGAUCAUGCACAUGCUGGCGUUGAGUUACAAUCAUUUACCAUCUCAUCUAAAACCGUGCUUCCUUUAUUUCGGAAUGUUUUUGGAGGAUCAGCAAGUUCCAGUUCAGAAGUUGAAAUGGUUGUGGAUUGCCGAAGGUUUUGUACCAAAGGAGGACUCCAAGAGUUUGGAAGAAACCGCUGAGGAGUACUUGGUGGAACUAAUUGGUCGAAACUUAGUGUUGGAAGCCCAGAGUAGAUCCAGGGGAGGUUCCAAAACAUGCCAAGUGCAUGAUAUGGUGCGCUAUCUUUGCUUGAAGAAAGCUAGGGAAGAAAAUUUCAUGCAUCGAAUCAUGGAUGCGGAUUUUCGCAAUCCAGGUUCUUCAUGUUCUUACCCAGUAUCUUCAUCAUAUCGGCUGAGUUUCCAACCAGACCUGGAAUGGCAUUGGUUUCAAUUUAUUGAAACUCGUGUUCGCUCUCUACUGGUCUUCCCCUCUCAUGGUUACAAGUUAGAUGGCAGGACUGUUGAGUGGCCAAAUUCAAAAUUUCUUCGAGUGUUGGAUGCAGAACAAUUGCAGUUGAGUGACAUUAAGUUUGAGAAGUUUGAAUUGUUGCGUUGCAUAAAAUACCUAGCAGUUCGGGGAAGUUUUUAUUCUGUGCCUUCAUCAAUAAUAGUUCAACUCUUCAACCUUGAGACUCUUAUUCUCAAGGGAGACCCGCUUGGAAAUCAUGUGUCGACUGAACUUUGGAGGAUGCGCAAAUUGAGGCAUGUUCACAUAAAAGCCAUUAGUCAUUCCAGUUUGCCUGGCCCCCAUGAAAUUGAAGAUCUUGGAAAUAUUGUUACUCUUUCCUUGUUGACUAUUAAGGAUCCAAGCUCAGUCGAAAAGUUUUUGAAGAGUUUGAUUGGAGUUAAGAAAUUGAAAUGUCAAUUUAUAAGAGAUGGGGAUACUGAUCGUAAAAGCUGUGUAACACCUGCAAUGGACACUCUACAUCAGCUUGUGUCACUGCAUCUAUCUUGUUAUUCCAUCGCCCAUAUGAUUACUUUUCCAAGCAACUUCAGGUUCCCCAUAAAUCUCAAGAAAUUGACUUUAAGGAGAUUUCGCCUGCCCUUGAAAUCUGUUUCCGCCAUCGGACAACAACUACGCAAUCUUGAAGUUCUGAAAAUAAUGUAUUGUUAUGAGAUGGAUUCAACUUGGGACAUGGAAGAAGAUGAGUUCCGGAAGCUGACAUAUUUAAAGAUAUGCGCAUUCGGUUUUAGAAUCUGGAAUGCUUCAAGCGAUUCCUUUCCUCAACUUGAGCGACUAGUUUUGCAAGAUUGUCCCAAACUUGAAGAGAUUCCUAUCAGUUUUGGGGACAUCUCCUCAUUACAGAUGAUCGAGGUCAAAAAUUGCAGGGAGUCAGCUUGUAAAUCUGUCGAGGCGAUUUACAAGCAACAGCUGGAUUGGGGAAAUGAGAAGUUCAAGGUCUCAAUAACUGGAAUGCUGGAUGAUGAAGAAACAUCAGAAAGUGAAGAUGACGAUGAUGAGUAUGAUGGAUGGCUUAACUGA